AUGGCCAGGACGGUGUCUGCGAGUGACGAAUGGAGCGCAAAUGCAAAUCCUAGCCAUAUUUCUAGCGGAUAUAGUAUCAUUUGGCGAGGGCCCCUGAUACGGUCAGUCAAAACCAAGGCCUGGACGACGAGAGUUGAAGUGCUGGAAGAGGAGAUGGUGAAAGAGGAGAUGGUGGAAGAGGAGAUGGUGGAAGAGGAGAUGGUGGAAGAGGAGAUGGUGGAAGAGGAGAUGGUGGAAGAGGAGAUGGUGGAAGAGGAGAUGGUGGAAGAGGAGAUGGUGGAAGAGGAGAGAUGGUAA